AUGGAGUCACUCCCUGGCACAGUCUGGCACCUUGACCCAGGAGGACCACCGCGGCUAUCCGAGUCGCUUCCGGCUGCUCCCAAAGGAGGCUACAAGGGCUACCGGGCCGACCGUGCAGUUGCCUGCUUGGCAGUGGCGACAGCUGCUGUCUUAAGGCUACGAGGACGCCGCAUCUCUCGACGGGGCACCCAUCGAUCAACCGACGUCGCGGUUGCCCAGCUGGAUGCUGCGACGCUGCGACAACUCGGACGUCCUCCUGCGUGGCUGGAGGAGGCAGAGGAGGCCAACUUGCAGCUGGCGAAUGGCUGGGAGCCGGUGUCCUCAGAGGUGACUUUGAGGAAUCUCCGGAUCCGUGGGCGCCUCCCGAAGCACGUUCAGGGCGGAAUUUUCCUCCGGAAUGGGCCCAAUCAGGCGAUGUCCCCAGUGUCGAUGCAGGACUAUCACAUCUUCGAUGGUCACGGCAUGAUCCAUGCGGUGCACUUCCUGGGAGAUGAGGAGGGCGCAACCUACGCCCGACGCUACGUCCGGACACAAGCUCUUCAGUUUGAAGAGUCCGAAGGCCAGUGCCUUUAUACUGGCAUGAAGAAGAUGCUCCCUCAGUUCCCGACCUUUUUCCGGCUUCUGUUUGAGAAGUACUUCGGGUCCUCCGGGAGCACGGACUCGCCUUACUGGGUCAUCCAGAACCGAAAUCCUGCCAACAACGGCUGCACCGUGCAUGCGGGCCGCGUUUUGGCCACCUGGGAGGCCGGCUGGGCCUACGAAAUGCGGUUGCCGACCUUGGAAACGCUGGGCCUUUUCGACUACGAGGGAACCUGGGCAGACGGGGCCGUCACGGACAACUGCAGCGCGCAUGGAAAGCAGGACCCCGAGACCGGGCAACUCAUCACGAUCUCCUACAACAUGAUCGAGCUGCCCCCGUGGCUGCGUGUGAUCACAGCCAGCGCGGAUGGUGCCUUAGAGAAAUCGGUCAAAGUGCCGCUGCCGUCUGGGGCAGCCUUACUGCACGACUUUGGGAUCACCAAGCGACGGGUCAUCCUCAACGUCGGACCACUAAACCUGGUGCCGCUGAAGAUGGUCAGCGGUGCUCCCCCUUUCGACUUCGACUUCUCGGCGAAGUGUUACUUCGGCAUUCUCAGCCGGUCAUCCGACUCCGCAGAUGACGUGAUCUGGGUGGAAGCCGAAAACUGCUUCAAUUUUCACGUUCUUAAUGCUUACGAUGAUCCCACAGACCCUUGCCGCGUCAUCGUGCACACCUUCCGUCAGGACUACACCCUGGGGCUGGGAAUGGGAUCGAAGCUGAACGAGGAAGCGCGAACGUCCCCACACGGGCAUCCCCUGCAAGGUGACACCGCUGUGCUUCAUCGGUGGGUGAUCGAUGUGAAUGCGGCCAAAGUUGUCGAAAGCACACGCUUACACCAGCCGCCAGCCGAUCCCAGGAGGAGCUGGUUGUCGGAUUUCGGAGCUAUCAAUCCACGCUACGUUGGCAGACCCCAUCGCUACGGCUGGUCUUUGGGUUUCGCUUCCGAGAUCCAGGCCGGGUCGCCAGUGCCCGAAGGCUCCGUGGCACGCUUCACGAGGGUACUGAAACAUGACCUCAAGACGGGGGAGCUGCUCGAGCGCGAUUUCCUCCACAGCGCAGGUGCUUCCGCUGUAGGGGCCGAUGAAAGCCGCUUCGCCUGCAACGACCUGGUGGUCGUCCCUGGAGGAGGCGAUGAAGAUGACGCCUCGCUGCUGCUAUUGGUCCACGACCUUGUUGAGGAGACAGCCGAACUGAGGGUAUUGGAUGCCGCCACACUGAAUCUGCAGUGCGCCGUUGAGAUCCCUACACGGGUGCCUCUUGGCUUCCACUGCAGCUUUGCGGCCGCGGGCUCCUUCGACCCCGGGGAAGUCUGA